AUGAGCGAUCUUACCAAAGUCUCUCCGCCGCAGGAAUUGAGCGAGAAGGAAAGGGUCGUAAUCUUCGAGCACAUUUUUCGUCGUUUGGCGAACCACCGCAAUACACUGGAGCUGUAUGCGGACGCGGAACGUGGUCUUUCGACAUUACCAGACGAAUCAAGGGAGAAAACCAAAGAUGACUACAUCCACGAGAUCAAUUCGUGGGCCAACCAGCUGCUUCAGCAUGCAUGGGCAGCUUGUCGAGAGCCGGGAGGAGGUAGCUGUCCAGACCUAAGCCCUAUGUCUGAUACGUCCCUCGCGGGCCUGCCCAAACUCCCAGACAAAGCUCUCUCCAGGAAAGUCUUCAACGCCAUCCUCUUUCUCCAUGUUACCUCUUCGAAGCAAUACUCAGCACACACCCGCUAUUUCCUCACCACAUUCGCUCCUCUAGACGAGGCAUCCAUAGCAGCUACCCUAAAGGAUCCUGACCGUGCUGUAUCCGAGGCCGAGAAACCUACGGAGCAAGCAAAGAAUCAACAAGCGGAGAGAGGACGAACCCUGCGCCGAGUGGGAAUGGGCCUAGGUGCUGUUGCAGGAGGUGUGUUGGUCGGAGUGACAGGUGGCCUGGCAGCUCCUGUAGUCGGAGCUGGCGUCGGCAGUAUCCUGAGCUUUCUAGGCGUCGGAGGUACCGCUGCAGGGUUACUGGCGACUGGCUUAGCAAGCUCCUCCGUGGUAUGUGGUGCCCUGUUCGGGGCGUAUGGCGCAAAGUCUACGGCAAGUAUGGUCGAGCGCCAUACCAGAGAGGUUCAAGACCUAGCCAUAUUACCGGUACGGCCACCGAAAGAAACGUUGGCGGUGAGGUUGUGCACCAGUGGAUGGCUGACAUCACAAGAGGAUGUUGUGCAGCCUUGGACUGUAUUUGGCGGCAAUGACACCUAUGCUCUACAAUGGGAAGUAGAAGCUCUGAGGGCUUUAUCAGACGCGCUAUACACCCUGAUAAAGGCUCAAGCAAUGCAAUAUGUCAAAGCAGAAAUUAUUAAACGAACAGUGCUCGCGACUCUCAUGAGUUCGCUGGCACCCAUUGCCUGGCUGAAGAUUGGGCGUAUUAUAGCUUUGGCCGUUAAAGCUGGAAAUGUCCUAGGAACUCUACUUGCCCAGCGCGUUUUCGGCACGCGGCCUGUAACGCUAGUCGGCUACUCUCUUGGGUCACUAGUCAUAUUCGAGGCGUUGAAGUAUCUGAGUACGCUUCCCCCUUCUGAGACGGUGCACUUGGUUCAGGACGUGUUCCUGUUCGGUCUACCGGCGCCAAGUGAUCCCGAGACUUGGUCCGCUGUGCGUCGAGUAGUGGCGGGACGUCUGGUCAAUGGAUACGCUGAAGACGAUUAUAUCCUCGCAGUGCUGAGUCGCGCCAGUGACAUCAGCUGGAGUGUGUCUGGGUUAGAACCGGUUGUCGUGAAGGGGGUCGACAAUGUUAAAUGCGAUCAAGUGGAGGGCCAUUUGCAGUGGAGAGGCAUGGUCGGCAAAUGCUUGGAGAGUUGUGGGGCUGAAGACAUUCUUACAACGGAGGUCCAUUUGCAAGUAAAGGAAAUCCAUGAUAACGUUCAGCCAAGGUAA